AUUGACAUAGACGGUCCAAGGAUUUUCAAGUAGACAGGAUCAUCACAGAAACUCAGGAAGAUGCAUACUGGUGAUGAAUCUUUUAGAUGUGAAGUCUGUGGGAAGGCAUUCAGUCAGACAGGACACUUGCAGACACACAUGAAGACGCAUACUGAUGAUAAACCUUAUAAAUGUGAUGUCUGUGGAAAGGCAUUCAGGCAGACAGGGCAUGUAAAAGCACACAUUAAGACACAUACUGGUGAUAAACCUUAUAAAUGUGAUGUUUGUGGGAAGGCAUUUAGGCAGUCAGGAAACUUGCAGACACACAUGAAAACACAUACUGGUGAUAAACCUUAUAAAUGUGAAGUCUGUGGGAAGGCAUUCAGUCAGACAGGAAGCUUGCAGACACACAUGAAGACACAUACUGGUGAUAAACCUUAUGAAUGUGAAGUCUGUGGGAAGGCAUUCAUUCAGACAGGACACUUGCAGGCACACAUGAAGACACAUACUGGUGAUAAACUUUAUAAAUGUGAUACUUGUGGAAAGGCAUUCAGUCUGAGAGGAAUCUUACAAAAACACAUGCAAACACAUAUUGGUGAUAAACCUUUUAAUUGUGGUGUCUGUGGGAAGGCAUUCAGUCAUACAGGAGACUUGUACAAACACAUGCGAACACACACUGGUGAUAAACCUUAUAAAUGUGAUGUUUGUGGGAAGGCAUUCAGUCAGACAGGAAACUUGCAGACACACAUGAGGACACACACCGGUGAUAAACCUUACAAAUGUGAAGUCUGUGGAAAGGCAUUCAGUGGAAUGGGACUCUUGCAGACACACAUGAGGACACAUACUGGUGAUAAGCCUUAUAUAUGUGGUGUGUGUGGGAAGACAUGGAGUCGGAAAGAAAGCUUACGGAGACAUUUGUCGAUGCAUACUGGUGAUCAAUGUGAAGUCUAUGGAAAUGUUUUUGAUCAUACACAUGGACAGGAUACAUGUACUUGCAUACACAUCUGAGGAUUUGUGCUGUGAUGUGAAAUCUGUGGGAAGAUGUUUGAAAAAUCCCAUUGACAGAGGCAAACUACGGUUUUCAAGUGGACAGGCUCAUCUCAGAAACACACAAAGAUGCAUAAUGGUGAUGAAUCUUUUAGGUUUGAUGUCUGUGGAAGGGUAUUCAGUGAGACAGAAACAUUACAGACACACAUGAAGACACAUACUGGUGAUAAUCCUUAUAAAUGUGAUUUCUGUGGGAAAACAUUCAGUCAGACAGGAGACUUGCACAAACACAUGAGAAUACAUACUAGUGAUAAACCUUAUAAAUGUGAUGUUUGUGGGACGGCGUUCAAUCAAUCAGGACACUUAUAUAGACACAUGAGGAUACAUACUGGUGAUAAUCCUUACAAAUGUGAUGUUUGUGGGAAGGAAUUCAAUCGUGCAGGAACAUUACACCGACACAUGAGAAUACAUACUGGUGAUAAACCUUAUAAAUGUGAUGUUUGUGGGACGGCAUUCAAUCAAUCAGGACACUUAUAUAGACACAUGAGGAUACAUACUGGUGAUAAUUCUUACAAAUGUGAUGUUUGUGGGAAGGAAUUCAAUCGUGCAGGAACAUUACACCGACACAUGAAGAUACAUACUGGUGAUAAACCGUAUCAAUGUGAUGUCUGUGGAAAGGAAUUCAAUCAUAUGGGAAACUUACAGAAACACAUGAGGACACAUACUGGUGAUAAGCCUUAUAUAUGUGAUGUGUGUGGGAAGGCAUGGAGUCGGAAAGAAAGCUUACAGAAACAUAUAUCGAUGCAUACUGGUGAUCAAUGUGUAGUCUAUGGAAAUGUUUCUGAUCAUACACAUGGAUAGGAUACUUGCUUACACAUCUGAAGAUUCCUACUGUCAUGUGAAAUCUAUGGAAGAUGUUUGAAUUAAGAAAGGACACUGAGGAUUAUUCACAUGAGGACAUAUAAUGGUGAUAAACCUUAUCAAUGUGUUGUAUGUGGGAAGACAUUCAGUCAGACAGGAACUUGCACAAAGGUUGUAAAUGUGAUGUUAAAGGAAUUCCACCCUUCUGUGAUGUCAUCAAAUUUUGCAAAAGUUAUUAUCUAUUUAGAUUUAUGCAUGAUAGAAACAUAUAUUUUGUUGGAGUGUUUUCCGGUAGGAAUUGUAAAAAAUCUUGUUAAAAAUAGACUAUUUCAAAAGUCUAAGUUAUAGAUGAAUAUUCAAUGAUACGUUUUAAAAUAUUGAAUCCAAGGGCAAUAACUCUGUUUUCAUUGAUUUCUUAAACAAGUCUAUUAUACGAUAUAUUUCCUUUAUUUUUUACAGACAUUUUUUUUGGUGAAGAUACAGUUUCAUGAAAUUGUUAUGAAUGCUAUUAUAUCGUCAUAACCAGUUUGUAUGACAUUUUGAUAACGCUGUUUAAGGAAAAUUUCAAUUUUCUGACGGUGAUAUAUGAUUCUGUUUAUGUACGUCUCGCAUCUUAAAAAGUGUGAUGACCUGUGUAUUUUAUUUGAUAGUUUGUUACUUUUAACUUUAAUGAAUGGAGAUAAAUACCCUUUUAAAACUUGUAUCAGAUAAAACUGCAGGCAUGGAGUUACCUUAAAAGUGUUUGAUGUGAAUGUUAAUGCUGUUGAAUGCACACAUGAGGAUACGUAUUGUAAUAGUUUUAUUUUUCAAUACACACAUGAGGAUAAA